AUGGGUGCCUACAAGUACGUCGAGGAGCUCCACAAGAAGAAGCAGAGCGAUGUCCUCCGCUUCCUUCUCCGUGUUAGGUGCUGGGAGUACCGCCAGCUGAACGUCAUCCACCGGGCGUCGCGACCUUCGCGACCCGACAAGGCUCGCCGCCUCGGAUACAAGGCCAAGCAGGGCUACGUCAUCUACCGCAUCCGCGUCCGCCGCGGCAACCGCAAGAAGCCCGCUCCCAAGGGCGCCACCUACGGCAAGCCCGUGCACCAGGGUGUCAACCAGCUCAAGUACCAGCGCUCGCUCCGCGCCACGGCCGAGGAGCGCGUUGGCCGCAAGUGCGGCAACCUGCGCAUCCUCAACUCGUACUGGAUCAACCAGGACGGUGUCUACAAGUACUUUGAGGUCAUCUGCGUCGACCCCAACCACAAGGCCAUCCGCCGCGACCCGCGCAUCAGCUGGAUCGCCAAGGCCGUCCACAAGCGCCGCGAGAACCGUGGCCUCACCGCCACCGGCAAGAAGUCGCGCGGCCAGAACAAGGGCCACCGCUUCAACAACACUGCCAAGGGCGGCAAGAACUCGGUCAUCCGCCACCGCGACACGCUCCAGCUGCGCAGGUACCGCUAA